GGAGGAGCAGCUGAUCUGCCGUGUGGACUGUGGCGUGUCCGCUUUAGUGUGCUUCAGUCAGCUUUAGUACAAAGAGCAGUUUGUACAACUAUGACAGUCUUAUUCAAGAGGAGCUCGUGAAUUCAGCGCAGGUUAUUCCUGUGAUUAUGUGGUGUUGUACAGCAGGAAACAAGGAACGAGAUGACUGCGAUACUACGGAUAAUCUUAGCGCUAUUGCACCUAGUGCACACGCUUCAUCGUGCCGUUAUAAAGGGAUGGGCCUACAUGCAAACAGCAUAUUUUAAACUUCGCCACGGAGAGAACAACCGGGAAGAAUUGGAUGUACUCUUUGAGAGCGUUAUUAAAAUGGAAAAAUUACCUCGUCAUCUUGUCAUCGUCCUCGGCCGCGAGGAACCGUCCUUUCUCGAUCUUAUUCGGAUCAUUGGAUGGUGUGUUGCUACCGGGAUUUCUUGCGUCAGCUUCUAUGAUCACAAGGGAGUGAUACGCAAUAAUGAAAGUACUUUUUGGAGGGAACUGACUAGUUUACGGCCUGACCUCAUAAGCUUAAUUGAUUGGACUCCUAGUUGUCCUGUGAAGGCCAUACAAAAUGCACUUAACGGUACAAAGCAUAAAACACGUGUACAAAUCCUCUCCUAUUCUGAUGGCAAAGGAGAGAUAGUAUCGUUAACACAGAACCUAUCCAAGGCAGUUACAUUAGGAGUUCUAAAACUGGAAGAAAUUACAACAGAAUUUCUAGAUGAAAAAUUGGAUCUUGGUGGCAUAUCUCAUCCAGAUGUUGCCUUAAUAUGCGGAAGCACUUAUUCCACUUACGGUCUUCUACCUUGGCACAUACGGACCACAGAGUUCUUCCUUUUGCCAACACAUCAUAAUGUGUCUGUGAAAAUCUUUGUGAGUCUGUUGGAGAAAUUUGCCCGGUGUGAACAACGUUAUGGAAAGUGAGUGUUUUCAAGUGAACCAAAAAAAAGAAAAUGAUAAGGAUAAUUUUGAAUGAAUAAUGGAUAAACGUUUAAAUAGAAAUUAAUGCAAGAGAGUCCACUCUCUUUGUCGUUUACCAUGCAGAGUUUUUGUUCGUUCCGGGCGUUCAUAAGUGUAGCUGGAAAUUCCAGGCCUCGCGAAACAAAGACUGAAUCCCGAAUAGUUUUCGCAAGCGACUGGUUUACAUAUGUAAAUAUUACAAAAUGCCACCGUAUAAUUCCUUAUUUACGUUUUCCAAACGACCCUUUUAUAAUAAUAAAUUAUCUAUGUGGUUACAACCCACCCAUAGUUCUCCAGGCAAAUAGGGAACCGUGUAAUCAAACCACUUAAAUGAAAUGCACGUGGAAUUUUACAUUAAUUUAAUUAAAUAUUAGUGAAUUACAGGACCCAUUAGACAAUGUCAUAGACAUCUACAUUGAAAACUUUGCAUUCUAUUAUUCUUCGUUGUUUCUUAAAUUUUUCAAAGGACUAUGUACUAUAAUUAUUUGUUGGGUUUGUAUUGCUGUUUCUAUCGUCUUGGAUUAUCUACAAUUACAUUUAUUCUCAUUGUGCUGUGAUUUAAUUAAAAAUCAUUUUUAAGUUUAGCAAUGAGCUUAAAAAUGGCUACUUUAUAGAACUUACUCUGCAGUGGUCAAGAUGGUAAGCCUAAUCCUUGAGCAUUCUUAUCAAAAACUAGACUGAUAAAUUGAAGUUUAUUGAAAAAUCUGUUUCUUUCCUUUAGCAAGAGUCGUUUUUAAACUUGACCCUGCAGGGUGAUAUUAAAAAAAAUGCCUAGUGAAACUUUCUAAAUUCCCUAAAAUACGAAGAAAAUUUAAGAAAUAACGUGCGUAUCACGACAUUAUUAAUAUUUAUUUCGUCAGUUUUCAUAGACAGUGUGUAAUUGACAUUGGAAAAGAUUCAUUCCAAGUGCAUAGGUCAUGCGGUAUGUAUUCCUUAUUCUUUAUCAUGUCGCAUCGACGUUCUAGCACUGAACUCGAUCUGGUCUACGAUAAAUAAACUGUAAAAUAAAUGUAAAAUAUUUUAUAAGAUAAAUUUUUCUCUUCUUUCGUCUGUCAGAAGAUCAAUGUAAUCGUUGACGUAUAUUGAAAAAAAAAAAAAA